CUGCAGAAGUGGGACGAUCCGUUUCCACAAUAGGAGCUCAGACAGAUCCUCGGCCUGGAAAUGUAGACGUUACACAGGGUUCAUACCGAGGAGCGUCUCAGGAUGAACUGAACCGUCUUCAGGCUCUGCGAGGGGAGCUACAGCGCUUCUGCCUUGGAGCUGGAGUCGUGGGGAGUCCGUGGAGUUUGGGAGUUUGGAAGGGAAAGAUGUUCUUCUACCAACAUCUUGGCUUGGAUCACCUGCUCCUCAGUGACGAUGGAGGGAUGAAGAUAGGAAGACUGUAAAUCCCCUUAAAAAAAACCAAACACAACCAAGGUCACCCACCUGUGUCCAGGUACAGGAGCUUCUCACCCCCCCCUUUCCCUGUACUGCUGCUGCCCUCUGCUGGAGCAGCCGGAAUACUGCAGCAAUGAUAAACACCAACAUUUCCCUGCACUACAGUUUCAUAGGAAAGCUGGACAAUCGAAACGAAACCACCGGAGGCACCCUGGGACCAGAGAAGGUGGUAUUUCUGGUUAUAUGUAGCUUCAUAGUCCUGGAGAACAUGAUAGUUCUGAUAGCAAUAUGGAAAAACCACAAAUUCCACAACCGCAUGUACUUUUUCAUCGGCAACCUGGCUUUGUGCGACCUGCUGGCCGGAGUCGCUUAUACGGUGAAUCUCCUAAUGUCAGGCGAGAGGACCCUACACCUGUCCCCGGUUGAGUGGUUCAUCCGGGAGGGGAGCAUGUUCGUGGCGUUGGGGGCUUCCAUCUUCAGUUUGCUGGCAAUAGCCAUCGAGAGGCAUCUCACCAUGAUUAAGAUGAGGCCUUACGAUGCCAACAAGAACUACAGGGUGUUUCUGCUCAUAGGGACGUGCUGGUUGAUAGCUAUAGCUUUGGGAGCGUUGCCUAUUCUAGGCUGGAACUGCCUGGGCAACCUGCCUGACUGCUCCACCAUUCUCCCCCUCUAUACAAAGAAAUACGUGGCCUUCUGUAUCAGCAUCUUCAUGGCUUUGUUGCUGGCUAUCUCUGUGCUGUAUGCUCGUAUUUACAUCCUGGUCAAGUCCAGCAGCCGCAAAGUGACGAAGCACAGCAACUCAGAACGCUCCAUGGCCCUGCUUCGCACCGUCAGCAUCGUUGUCGGGGUUUUUAUAGCCUGCUGGACACCCAUCUUCAUCCUCCUCCUCACUGACGUGGCCUGCAAGCCUAGGCAGUGCAGCAUCCUGCUCAAAGCUGACUGGUUCAUCGCGCUGGCCGUGAUGAACUCAGGCAUGAACCCCAUCAUCUACACUCUGGCCAGCAGGGAGAUGCGGCGGGCGUUUUUUGGGCUGGUGUGUGGCUGUUUCAUGAAGGACCAGGAACCCAAACCGAACGGAGACGCCAGCCGGAGUAAGCUGAGCUCCAGCCAGAGUCAGAAACCAGCAGAAGAGCAGGAUGAAAGCCCCAAAAUCAACGUCACUCACACGUCAAAGCAGGAGCCGGUCAGCAGCCAUGGAGGAGAGUGCUGAAAACCUGAGGUGAACUGGGUCUCAUGGAAACCCAAGCUGACAUUGAAGAUCUUUGCGGUAUCUUUUGCUGGGUCAUAAAUAGUCAUGGAGGUGGGGUUCAUCUCCUGGUGGAGGUGAAGAUAUCUUCCAUGGGAUCUCUUGGCUUUUUUGGGGCUUAUGUCAUAGAGCAGGGGUGUCCAGUUUUAUCUGCAAAGGCCCAGAGUGGGUGCAAGUUUUGGUUCCAAAUAAGGAGAGAACUUGUUCCAAAGCUCCUGCUUUGUUGCAAAGAAAACCUGCUGCCACACUGGGCCUUUCUGGAUAAGACUGGACACCCCUGUCGUAGAAGAAGUAAGCCAGUGUAUAAAAGCCCAACAGAAAGAUUUGAGCGAGCUAAUCACAGACUCUUAGUCAAGGAUUUGACUGCUGGUCAGUCUAUGUACAAAUCUACAGUACUGAGAAAGGUCACCCUUCAUUUAUUUAACUUCUAGUAAAAAACACCAUUAAGUACAAGUUAUUCACUUUUCAGUGUCAGCAGGAAAAACAGAAAACAUACAUUACAGAAAAUCACACAACAACUAACUAUAAUGUCAUUUUUAUAUUUUAUACACACACACACACACACACACACACACACACAGAUUCACUCGAAAAAGGCCCCGUAUAUUCUGUAUUAACUCUUGGUUGGCAAUCUGAACCAAACAACCAGAAACGAGCUCCUCAGUAUAUGGAGCUUCGAACAAGCUGGGAUGCCCCUGCGUCGGAGCAAUGAGGUAGGCGCUGGACAGCCGUCGCAACGUUGAGCCUCCGUUUGCAACUUCCGGGUGCAGACCACCCGUACACCUUCAUGUGUCCGCCAGAAAACGGAGGUCACUUCCAGUAUUGCAUGUAUUGCAAUCGAUUACACACACGUCAAGUUAUGUAGCAUAUUUUUUGGUUCAGAUUGAUUCAUCCUAACAGGAGAUAUAAAAGAAUAUUCGGGGCCUCUUUCGAGUGAAUCUCCCUGUGUGUAUGUGUGUGUGUGUGUGUGUGUGUGUGUGUGUGUGUGUGUGUGUGUACAUACACACAUGCGUAUAAAACUUUAUUACAGCUUCUGUUCUUAUCCAGAGACUCAUUUUCAGUAGGGUAGGGAUAUUUUUCGGGUUCAGUCUUAGAAGUUGGUUUAGCAUUUUCUGUUCCCGCAAUCCACAUCAUCCCCAACAUCUGUGGACUUUUUAGAUCCGAAGCACAAUUUUUUCCUCUUUCUCAAAAAUAAAAGCUUUAAGUGCUGUUUAUCUGAUGGAGAUGGUGUCGUUGGUCUAGCAGGUCUUGCAGUUUCCUAACUUUUAAUCUUUUUUUGAACCCCGCUUUUGGAAACUCCUGUUUUUUUUCACUCCUGAAAAAUGAAUAACUUGUACUUGCAACUGGGUGUUUUGGCUGGAAAUGAAUAAAUGAAGUGUGGUCUCUGACUUUUGAACAGCACUGUAGAUCCGAGAUCAGUAUUGUUACCCUCCUCCUGUGCUUUAUGAACACCGUCUCUUCAGCAGUAUUCACAAAAUACUUGAUCAUGCUGGUCUAGGACUUGCUUUUAUGACUACAAUCGGUCGACAGGAUUGCUUGAGCUUCCUAAUGAACACCAACCCUGACCCUCACCCAGGCUGAGGAACCAGAAUAACUCUUGGAGUGAUAGAUAGGUUUGGAUUAUGGUCUCCUGAACUGGAAUGAAACUUUUUCUUCAAGACUGUUCUUUGCUCUGGAAAAACUGCUCUUGGACAGGCUACAAUUUUCCUGCCCAUAAGUAGUUAUCGCCACAGAGGGCUGGCAAGGAAUUCAAAAGGAUGGAGGGAAAGCAGAAGAAGCAGCCUCCAUUUCCCGGCCUCUUCUCUCGAUUUGGUCUCCAUUUUAGUAAAUGAUACAGUAGCUCAAACUGACUGGACACACUUCACAAACUGAAUCCAUGGCAGUUCUCGCUGUUGUAGCUGAGCGUGAAGCUAAAAUCCAAACAAAACUAUAUUUAUGUUCCUCAAAAGUCAGUUACACUGAGAGUUUACGUUGCUCACGUAGUCAAAAGCAUUAUUUUGGACCUUACAGUCCACCACAAGUCUUUCUACGUGUCGUCCACCAGGCUGAACUCCUCACUUUCCGUAAGUUGACACAGUUUGCGAUUUUAGAUCUGAGGAGCAAAUUAUUUAUGACCACAUUAAGUGUACUAAUGUAUGUGUUCCUUCAGUAUUGAGUAUUGCUAUUACUAUAAUCAUGUAAGCAUGAUCUACAUGUCAGAAUUGAUCAGAUUUUGUAUGCAGUGAAAAACUAUGGAACUAUGUUAUGAUGUAAGGUAUGCUUGCAUGAAAAUGGCCUAAAAAGAAGAAAAUCUCAAAUCCUGGGUAUUAGAAUGUUCAUUACCAUUACUUAGUUACUAUUCUCGCCUGAAAAGUGCUUCUAACUUGUGGACCUGGUGGUGAUGCAUAAUUACCUACAUCAGGUAGUUUAAAACAGCUUGAACUGACACCUCACAUAUAUAUAAAUGUUGACUGUAACAGGUCAAUAUACUGCACUACUGCAAAGUGGGCCACUUUGUGCUGUUCAUCCAUACAGAAUACAGAAUAAGGAAAAAUACAGAUCUGGCUCCCUCUGCUGGACAUGGAGAAGCAGUUCAGGGAGAUAAUCAAUUUCAGCUGCUUUCUGCUACUGAGGCCUUCUGUAGGCACCACACACCCACCAGGCAUAACAUUAUGUCUACCUUCUUGUUUCUAUGCUCACUGUCCAUCUUAUCAG